CCGGAAGUCCCGCCUGCCUCCGAGCCUGUUCCCGGAAGUGCUGUUGUUUUCUGCCGGUGUGAUGGCUUCAAGGUUACUUCGCGGAGUUGGAUCGCUAGCCGGGCAGGCUUUGCGGGCCCGCGGUCCCAAUGGAGUCUUCGCGGUGCGCUCCAUGGCAUCUGGAGGUGGUGUUCCUACUGAUGAGGAACAAGCGACUGGGCUGGAGAGGGAGGUCAUGAUGGCUGCACGGAAGGGAUUGGACCCAUACAAUAUUCUAGCCCCAAAGGCGGCUUCAGGCACCAAGGAAGACCCUAAUUUAGUUCCCUCCAUUUCCAACAAGCGAAUAGUGGGCUGCAUCUGUGAAGAGGACAACAGUGCUGUCAUCUGGUUCUGGCUGCACAAAGGCGAGACCCAGCGAUGCCCCAGCUGUGGAACUCAUUACAAGCUGGUGCCCCACCAGUUAGCCCACUGAGCCUUUGCACUAACUUAACUCAAAAUGUACUAUAAAGUUUCUUCUUUCCAAUAAAGAGUAGUUGUUGUGUUGGCUCCUUCUCCCA